AAACCUAGUAAGUAAUCUGAAAAUCUCGUAUUAUCCAAAGAUUUAUUCGGUUAAGCGGGGGCGACUGUUUCACCCUUUCACCGUUUUGCACUAAUGUAUAUCUUACUUCGAUCUCUGCGGCCUGCUAGAUAUAUAUUUAUAUACACACGGUAAAUUAUCGCUACUGGAGAGAAAAUAUUCUUUAGUUCAUCAUGCCCUCAACACCCACUGAAGUUCCUGAAGCUCAUGUGCCAAACAGUGCCAGUAACAGUCUGGACCAAGCAAGUGUGAAUGAACAUGAGGGCAGUAGUUUCCAAAUAGAUAAGAAGGAAAAACAUUUAUCAUUAAACAAAGACAUUUGGAAUGGAGAUACCCCUGACAAACCUGAUGAUUCAGGAGGACAUCAAGCAGAAGCUAGCAGUGGUCACUUAAAUUAUACUAGUAAUGCUACUGUAGUAAUAGGUAAUGGUGCACAAGAACUUACAGCUGUACUGGAACCUUCGGAAAUGUUAAUCAGAGCUCCAGACAGUGUACAGAAUUCCCUUAAAGUAGCUAGCAACGAUGAAAAGACUGAGCAACCAGUACUGACAUUAAACAAACCAGAAGCGGAAUUAGAAGUAAGAGAAGAACAACUGCAGAGUAAGGACAUUGAAAGUGAAGCGAAAUGCUUGCAAACUGCUACAUCUGAUCAAGCUGAGAAGUGCUCGCAAGAAGUUACAUUUGAUCAAGCUGAAAAGUGCUCACAGGAAGCUACGUCUGAUCAAGGUGAAAUAAAUGUUUCACAAGCAGAAGGGCUUUCAGAUGAAACUGCUAAAGAUAGACUGUCCCAAAAUGAGGACAAAAUUUUGAACAAAAGUGAAAAUAUUGAUUCGCUUGCACAAGCUGUGGGUGAAAAUAUUAAUGAUUCAAAAGCUGAUAAAAAAGAUAUUUCAGAGACUGUUGAAGAAAAUGUUUCAAAUGAACCAAUGGAUAUUUUAGGCAAUGGAUUGCUUACGAAAUCGAUUGUUAAAAAAGGAGAUGGAGUGUUGACUCGACCUUUACAGGGUCAAAAGGUUACUUUAAAGACAGAAGGUUUGCUACCUGAUGGAACAGUAAUUGACAAAAAUGAAAGUAUUUCAUUUAUAUUAGGUGACGGUGAUGUGAUCUCAGGUUGGGAUAUCGCUGUUGCCUUGAUGGAAAUAAAUGAAGUUGCUGAAUUAAAAUGUGAUGCUAAAUAUGCUUAUGGAAGCCAAGGCAGAUUUCCUGAUGUACCAAGUAAUACAGCCAUUGUUUACACCCUGGAACUACUCGACAAAGAACCAGGACCAAAUUACAGUUUCAUACCACUAGAUGAAAGGCUUCUCCAUGCAUCUGUCAAAAAAGAACGAGGAAAUUAUCUAUUCGCUCGAAAUGAUUUUCACGGUGCUAUCAACUCUUAUAUAAAGGCCAUUAGUAUUAUUGAUCAAGAGGAUAAUUUGGAUAUAACGGAGAAAUCAGACCAGAUUCCUGGGGAAAAAAUUAAAUGUUUUAACAACUUGGCAGCUGCUCAAAUAAAGAUUGAAAGAUACUGUGAAGCUAUCAAAUCUUGUGAAGAAGUGUUAAAACAUGACCCAAAUAAUGUCAAAGCCCUGUUUAGAAUGGGAAGAGCUUAUGCUGCAGAAGGUGAAACAAAAGAGGCUAUUGCACAGAUGAAGAAAGCACUCAAAUUAGAACCAGAAACAAAGGAUUUGAACGUGACAAAAAGAAAAAAAAGAAUUAUUCAUCAGGAAUUAUCGAAACUUACCAAAAAGUUAUCGAAAGAGACACAGUCUGAGCGCAAUAUGUGUAAGAAAAUGUUCCGAACUGAUAAACCCCCUUCUAAACCCUCAUCAGAUUAUUCGUCUUGGAAAUGGUCGAUCAUUGCUGGCAGUUUGGUUGUGGUAUUACUUUCUUUAGGUGUUGCCUACUUCCGUUAAUCAGCCAUCAUCUCCUAACUGCCACAAUUCUCAUGGGACCACUGAAAAUUGAUUUCAAAUAUAGAGCAUUUAAUAUUUACAACUGAAAACUUAAAAUAAAAAACAAAAACAAAAAGACCUAUGCAUUCUUAUUGAAAAGCAAACAAGCAAAAAACAAAAAAAAA